GGGCACACGGUCCUGGUCACCGGGGGAACAUCGGGAAUCGGUUGGGAGUCGUCGAGGCAGCUCUACGAAGCGGGAUGCAGGGUGAUCGUCGCCGGGCGCACCGAAGAGAAAGCGGGAAAAGCAGUGAAAUCGAUCGUCGCCGCUUCUGGCACGACCGGGACGGGCUCCCUUGAGGCCGUUGGGAUAGACCUCGCGGACUUAUCUUCGAUCAAGAAAUUCGUGGAUGACGUCGCGUACGAGUCCUUUUCAGCGAUCGUGCUCAACGCGGGGGUCGCUCCUGACAGAGCCGCCAUGGGUAUGGCCGCCGGGCCUCAAACAGCCAAGCGUACCAAGCAGGGGUUCGAAGAGACCAUCGGAGUGAACCAUCUCGGCCACUUUCUCCUCUGCCAAGGGCUCUUGCCCAAACUUCUUUCAACAGCUGGGGCUCGA